GUAUUAAUAAAAAGAAGGAUCGUUAACGGUUCCCAACGUUGGCCACCGUAAGAUGGGAUGAAGACGAGAGCGAAACGCGCAAAAUAAAAAACACAGAACAAAACAUUCAUUCCGACUCUCUCUCUCUCUUGACCCGAGCUUCUGCUCCGUUGUCUUUACCCCUUGGAAUUAUUGCCGGAACAUUCAUCCCACCGCGCCCUUCUCGGCGACGGAUGCUCGCCGCCGAUUCGAUGCUCCAGACCUCGAAGCUCGGCUUGGGGAUCCCCCGCAGGCGCCGGAUCCGCGGCACCACGGGACCGGAUUCCGUGAAAUUAGGGUUCCGGACGCGAUCCGCCGCUCAGGAACAGAGAACCGAGAGUGGGGAGAUGUUUUCAGUCCGGUGGAUGUCUUGCUUCAGGGUUUGCGUGGGCAAAGGGAAGAAGGCGGAGGUGGAGUCCAUCCGCGGAGGUGAGGACCUCUGGGACGCUGCCUCGGCGGCGCAGCAGGGAAGCUUCCCGGAGCAUCUCGUUGUAAUGGUUAAUGGCUUGGUUGGGAGUGCUGAUGAUUGGAGGUUUGCCGCCGAGCAGUUCGUCAAAAAGCUUCCAGAUAAAGUAAUCGUCCACCGCAGUGAGUGCAACUCUUCAAGGCUCACAUUUGAUGGGGUUGAUUUGAUGGGUGAAAGGCUAGCUGAAGAGGUUAUAUCAGUUGUUAAGCAAAGAAGGGGUGUACAUAAAAUUUCAUUCGUGGCUCACUCUUUGGGUGGCUUAAUAGCCAGAUAUGCUAUUGGAAGGCUCUAUGAACCUAUCACAACAAUGGAAUCAUCUGUUGGCACUGAAGAUCAUGAAGACAGAGGCACAGGCAUCAAAGGUAGAAUAGCUGGGUUAGAACCAAUGAACUUUAUAACAUUUGCCUCGCCUCACUUAGGUUCAAGAGGCCAUAGACAGCUUCCUUUUCUUUGUGGGCUUCCAUUUCUGGAACGAAGGGCUUCUGAAGCUGCACAUUUGAUUGUUGGGAGAACUGGAAAACAUCUAUUCCUGACAGAUAAUGAUGAUGGAAAGCCUCCGCUUCUCCUGCGGAUGGUUGAUGACUGUGAUGAUAUCAAGUUCCGAUCAGCUUUGCACGCUUUCAAACGCCGAGUAGCUUAUGCCAACGCAAAUUUUGAUCACAUGGUAGGAUGGAGAACAUCCUCAAUUCGGCAUCAACGUGAGUUACCAAAGCAUCAUCUUCUUGUGCAUGACGAGAAGUAUCCGCACGUUGUUUAUGUGGAUAAAGGAGAAAGGAUAAACAAUCAUAAUGAAGUAUCUACAGUAGCAGAAGCUCCAAAAGAUGAACUGGAAGAGGAGAUGAUCAGAGGUCUUAAACAAGUAUCUUGGGAGCGUGUUGAUGUAAGCUUUCAGAAAAGCAGACAGAGAUAUAUAGCACACAAUACAAUCCAGGUCAAGAGCUACUGGUUGAACUCUGACGGUGAAGACGUGAUCUUCCAUAUGAUAGAUAACUUCCUCGUCUAGCCCUUCCAACAGUUUUGAUGGUCUUCACUUUGCAGCAUCACCAAUCUUACACACUCUGUUUUAUUAUGAUCAACUGUCUAUCUGUAGCUGUAUUCAAUUGUAUUACUACCACUCCAUUGUAAAAACUCGUCUAUUGUUUCCUGAUGCAUUUCCAAGUUUACUUUGUUGUUAAUCGCAUCAAAUCCUUCUCACGAAAGCAAAGUUUUCUUUGUUUGGUGCAGGUGAAAACAGAAAA